AUGGCUCAUAGGCGCACCACAAGUGCCUCGCAUGUCCAGGCUGGAUGCGACGCCGAUGUCGAUACGCAUAUAUAUGCGUCUUCUAAGAGCGGCAUUACUUACACCCACAGCUCAGUCCUGCCGGGCAAUGUCUCCAUCGCAGACUCGGACGAGUUCAACGAAGAAGGCUCCUGCGAUCUCAGCGACUACGAGCUCGAAGGUCCUAGUCCUCACGGGACAUACUACACCACGGCCAACCAUCUGCAUGGCUCUUUGCAACCCAGGCCUAUCCCUUCUAACCAGGGAGGAUCCCAUACCCACGCCGAUGGAUCUGUAAGAAGAGACUCCCAGCCCGGGAAUGAUCUUCCCGGAAGCUCUCCAUACCAGCACCAGAGAAACUCCUACUCUGGGAACUUCAGCCAGCCAGGUCGCUAUGCCAUAAGCUACCAGAACCGAAGGACGUACUCUGCCUCCCACGGUGGACGCAAUCUUCGCCAGACGUAUCCGUCGGAUCACUACGAUGAAGCAGGAAACUACAUCGGUCCACCGGCAGUGCACGCCAACCCCAGUGAUCUCGUCUCGUUCCCUCGUCUCCCCGACUCAGAUCCCUCUUCGUUAGAAGACGAACAGGAAAACACAGGGUCUCAUCGACACAUUUCCAUGUCCGAAACCAGUAAGCGGUCUUUCUCGGAGCAGCUCGUCAGUGGUGUGCGUAACCUUUUGGCUUCGGAAUCGAACAAAGAUCAAGUUCCCCCGCAGCCACCGCGUACCGGGGCCUAUCUUUUCUGCCGGCACUAUCUUAUUGAGGAGUGUGCUUGUAUCACUGCUUUAGAGGAGGACGGAGUUGGGGACUACUGUCAAAAGUGUUGGGAAGGACGUUGUGAUGGGCCGAGACCACCACAAUCAGUGGUCAGAAGGUCACUAUGGUAA